AAGCACCAGCAGCAGCGGAGGAAACAACCCGCCCUUUUAAAAUUUAUAUAAAUGUGCUCCCCGAUCGAUGAUCGCUGGGCUUCCACGCCAAUCCACACGCCCGCACCGCAUGGAGCAGCUCUACCCGCCGCAGGCCAGGGCCGGCGCCGUCGAUGUCGCGGCCUUCGUCCUCUCCCGCUUGCCCCACCACCCUGCCACCGCGCCCGCCUUCGUCGACGCCGCCACGGGCGGGACGCUCUCGUUCUCCGCGCUCCGCCGGGCCGUGCUCUCCCUCGCCUCCGGCCUCCGCCUCGGCCUCGGCCUCCGCCGCGGCGACGCCGUCCUCGUCCUGUCGCGCAACUCGCUCCUGCUCCCGCAGGUGCUCCUCGGCGUCCUCGCGGCGGGCGCCGUCGUGGUCGCCGCCGACCCCGACGCCACGCCCGCAGAGGUAGCCGCCGCCGCGCACGCCUCGGGCGCCGUCAUGAUCGUUGCUGAGCCGGACGCGGCUGGGAAGGUCGCCGGCGUCGGCGUGCCGCUGCUGCUGACGUCGCGGUCGCCGGACCCCCGGACCCUCUCGGCGGAGGAGCUCAUCGAUGGUGGUGACCCCAUGGCCCUGCAGCCUGCGGAGCCCACCACCGUGGACGUGGAGCCGUCCCACGACGACCGAGCUUUCCUGGCCUACUCGCCGUCGGUGGCGAUGACGCACGCCGACCUCGUAGCCGCCGUGGCAGGGGCAGGCUUGGGCUUGCCCACACCUGACGACGAGCAGGAGCGCCGGGUUUGCCUCGCGUCUCUCCCCAUGUGCAGCGCCCACGGCUUGCCGCUCGUCGCCCUGGGGCUCCCCGCUGCCGGAGUCACCACGGUGCUCGUGGCUCCGCCGUCCGAUCCAAGGGCGGCGAGGGAGGCCGUGGACGCGCACGGCGCCACGGACGUCGUGGCGGCGCCGGAGGUGGCGGUAGCUCUCGCCGGUCCAAUGGCACCAGACGCGGCCAAGCUCUCCUCGCUUAGGAGGGUGAUGGUGGCGCCGACGCCGACGCCGUUUACGCCUGAGGCACGCCACGAGUUCCACCGGAGGCUGCCGUGGGUCGACCUGACGGAGCUGUCCGCCGGCACACCCGCCGCCGCUUCAGAGCAAGAGCUGCAAGGAGGAGGAGCAGCAGCAGCUCUGAUGCUCGCACAAACUGACGCUGCAGUGAUACAGCACAACAGCCAGCCAGCAGAACAAAUGUCAGCGACAACAGACGAGGCCAACUCCCCGGUAAAUAGAAUCUCCUCAAAUGGGAAAACAAAUCAUAUAGUAGCUAGCUAUUCUCUCCAACCAUAUAACUCACCAACAUAGUAUAAUACAGUACAGCACGGGCUCCUGGUGCAAUUCAAAAGGACAACCGGCCUAUAGUAACAUCCGAUACCAGAGAUAAAUAUUUCUAAAUUUACGCGGUAUACAUAAAAUUAUCUUUCUUCCCAGCCGUCACAGCCAAUGGACACCUUUGUAUUGUUUCAUUUGUAAGUAAUAACCGUCCACCCAAAACGAAAAAGGGUAUGAAAUGACAAAAACAAAGAGGUAGCUAAUAACUAACGCCAUAAAUUCAAUGUGAUACAAUCCCAAUCUUUGGUAUACUGUUAUGUUCUUACUGUCGAAUGUCUAAGCCUGCCUACCGAAAAUUUUCUUCCAGGUGCCACCACUUAAGAAGAUCCAAAAGAUUAUUUUGGGAGACAUCUUUUCAAGAUCAACCACAAGCAAGAUCUUGAGGAAGCACCCGGUAACUGGCAUCAGACAAGCUGUCUCAAAACUGUAGCAGAUCCUCUGCUCUCAUUUCCUGUUCUCAAGCUGCCUGUCAACCUGAUGAAGCACGAUCCAAGAGUUACAGCCAUCCAAAAUAUGUACUACCAACUGCGGAGUUAUAUAGUAGGAGCCGAUAAUUUAAAGUUUCAAUCAAUUUGUAUGGACUCUACUGUUACUAUUGUAUGGAAGCAGUCCAAAGUUUAUGAUAUGGAAGGGAAAAAUUUGCAGAGUUUA